UGAUUUUUCCCUAUCUUAGAACAUUUAUCGAACUUCCAACUUGUUUAUCUUUUCUCCAGCAGAAGAUAGGAAAAGUAAAAGCAUGUAUAUAUAUUAUUAAGGAUUGGACAAUGGAUUCCAAAUAUAUUAUGAAGUAACACAAAUGUUUAUGUUUUGGGGAAACUGGACCAUAGAUGAAGAACAGUCUGUGGAUAAUCAAAGCUUGCUUUCUUCUGAAAUUAUAAAAACCGCAAAUAUUAGAAAAAGAUCCGAUGUACCCACUUAUUAUUUAUACAAAACACAUUGGCGCAAUGAUGCUGAAAUACAGCGACAUUAUUGGACAUCAUCUUUUUUAUUGUCAUUUGGUUCAAUUUUUGUACUUGUUGUAGUAGUUAUAUUAAUGGUACUAUUUAAAAGAUGUCCACAUAUUGUUGCUGCAAUUGUUGCUGGGAUUCUUGGAAUUAUUCUUAUAUUUGUGACACUAGUAUCACUUAAUCAUACACCAAUGUAUUCUUGACAUAUUUUUGUUGCUUCAUAUUAUCAAAUAAAUUUUUUUUUGGUAGAGAUAAA